AUGACAGCGCGAAACCUGUCCUCCGAGCCCGAGGAUAAUGGCAUGAGGCGUGCGAUAUCUCUCUCGGACCUCGCAGCGAAGCCUGUGCCGGCCCCUAGAGCGCCACAAGCCCCAUCAAAACCGGCACAGCAAAACAAUGCGAACACUACGAAAUCGCCCAGCGGCUUCGUGCGGCCGGCGCCGCGGUACAACACUAAGUCUAACAUGACAAGGAGUUCUAGUGUUGGAGUUUUGAAUAAUCAGAGUGACUCCGAAUCGGACCCUCAACCACCGCGCCAACUGCCCCGCGCGCAGGGGCUCAUGCGGCCCACCAUAUCGUCGGCGAACAAGGCGGCCGCCAACACCGUCCGCCGGAGGAAUGUCACGUCCAAUAACUAUACACAGGCUCGCUCCGAAUCAAGCUCGGAGACGGAAGACACGCAGCGGCCGCGCGCCGCCUCCGUCGACAGGGCUCAGAGGAGAUUGGGGCGCAGCGGCAGCGAGCGAGAUAUAUCGGCGAAGGCGAGAGAAGUCACGGCGCGGCUCACUGCCAACACCAGGCAGAGACAGACGAAACAGGAGACGACGGGGGAUAGUAACUUAACAUCAUCACAGCUAUGUUCGGCGCUGACGGAACAGCUGACGAAAACAGCGAGCAAAGUCGUCCAACUGUACAGGAAAUUGCAAAGCGAUCCGGACUGUACGGACGAUAUUGUUGGAUUAGAAGCUGCAAUAUUGCAAACGCAGAAAGUGUUGAAGAGCGCGGGGGACUUCCCGCUGGUGCAGGAGAGGGCGGGCGAGCACGUGACGCCCAAAGAGUCACCGCCCAAUCCUGCAAUGUCUCUUAUUGAGCAGUACUCGGAUAUCCUCCUCAACAUGAUGCAGAGUAAGAUGGUGAAUCAGUUCUCUCAGAGCCCCCAAAGUCUACCCCCUAACACUCGGGAAGACAGU